UCGGGCUCGCUCUGUAAAAUCGCGCUGAACAUGGGAGAUUUUCAGGUUUUUUGGGCAUUUUAACGGUGAUAAAGGUGAUAAGAGUGAAUUCAAGCGGUUUCCCAACUCCCCACCGUUGUUCCCUUUGCAGCAACCAUGGCGGGAAAAGUGUAAGGAACUUGGAGAACCGCAGCCCACCGACGAUCGUGUUGUUUGUGCAGCACGAUUCUCACGAUCUCGCGAUAAUUGGUGGCCAGUGAAAAGACGGGACAACGACGAUGAGUGCAAAUAAUUAGAUCUUCCGACGGUUCGAGGUCACUUUCGAACGGUUGCUUAGCGGAUCUGGAUCACGAAAAACGGUGCUACUGACCGCGAUAUAGCUCUCAUCGAAAACACAGCAACAUGCUUACGUCGAAAAUAAGCAAAGUGAGCAAGGUGGUGAUCUGCGGUGCGAAAGGGGUCGGAAAAACCGCUAUCCUGGAGCAACUCAUCUACGGGAAUGUUACGAUCGAUUCGGAACUGCACAGCACAAUUGAGGACACGUACGUGGCCAGCGUUGAUACCGGCAAGGGAAGCAGAGAUAUGCUGCGCAUCUAUGAUACGGCCGGAUUACAGGGCAACGUGCAGUUGCCGCGCCACUAUCUCCUCUAUCCGGAUGCCUUCAUCGUGGUGUACGAUCCGAGCGAUCCGGCCAGUCUCGAUAUGUUGGCCGGCAUUAAAAGUGAUAUCGACAAGUACAAGGAAAAGAAGGAGAUAAUCAUUAUUGUGAUAGCCAAUAUGCGAUCUCGCAAUCCACGCACGGUCGGUACGUCACCCAACAACGAAGGUUCACCGAAUGGGAACCACCAGCAGCAGCAUCACCUGAACGGCGGUAGCAACCAGAUGAGCAGCAGCGAUAUGAUUGAAUCGAAUCUCAACCGAGCCAACAACUGGUGUGCCCGGGAACGCAUCAAGCACUACACGGUGAAUGCGAUGGAACGGGCCUCACUGUACGAACCGUUCGUCCAGCUGGCCAUCCGACUGUAUCCAACGCAAACCAAGAGCUCGUUCCAGCUGCGGCAACUCACCGGGCAGAAGGCGUCAAGGGUGGACAACAGCUAAUGCAUUCAGUUCUCCCUCCCUUCCGAUUCCACUCCACUAUGGCAAAGAACUGGAUGUGUAAAACCAAAAAAAUAUGAAAAGGCCAAACAAGGGUCACGAAUGGAACCCAAUAGCAUCGGGGCAACGGGUUUUCCUAUUGGUCUCUUCCUAGCUUAAUAUGGCGUUUUGAGCCUGGCGCUCCUAGUGCAGUGACAAACGCUUAACGCGGCAACAGUACUGGAAUUGUCACUAAACUGAACUAUCUAUAGGGACUGUAUCCUCUUAAGUGGCAAUUGUAUUUAACUUAUGUAUUACUUUUUUUUUAUCUCGUUGUUUCGUCAUAUUAUUUGUCUGUGACAACCUCUGUUCGUAUAUAGUGAAGCACUAUGGAUACUUAAGUUUGCAAAACAUUACCCGGCAUAGCUCAGUUCAGGGAGCUUUUAUAUUGUUUAAAAUAAAGUAUUAUUCAAUUAUGAAACCCAGUA